GACUCCUCGUUUUGCUUACAGUAGAACAUAGGAAUGUUAUGAGAGAGUCCGUAACUGCUUGACUCUACCAGUACCUAUCGGCGACAACUCCAUCUCUUAAGGCCAUCCGACGAUACAACUUUCGGUACUGUUAGCGAGAACAUAUUUCGGCUCGCCAAAGCACGGUUCCUUGCCUAGGGCCUAGGAGGUGGGAGCUAAGUUGUUUCCAGACCUCGACACUUCUUGAGCACUUUUACGCGCCUUCCUGCCUUGCCGAAGAGACGCGUAAUGCUGUAGAGUUGCUCAGGAUACCUGCGAUAAGCACGUGCAACUCGGUGGAGGGCCUUCCAAGGGUUGACUUCAGCAAGUUCGACGCUCUAAAUGUUAGGAGCUUUGGCGCACAGCGGGUCUAAAGCCACGGCAUCCUCGAGCAGCUACAUAUCGUCCAGCAGGGUGGCGUUGUUAUCCUACCCUCACCAGGAGCUGUGAUCAUGGAUAGUUUGGCGCCUCAAGAGUUGGCCUGACAGAUUGGAACUCUUACAACCGCUUUGCAUUAGACAUAUAGGGUUGCUUCCUGCUCUUGCGCACAAACAUGAGCGGUCGCGGCUUAGGACGGGGCAACGUCAACCGUGCUGGCGCGCGGCCGCCUCUGCCAGGGCAAGGGCAUCCAGGAGACCAGAACAGCUCGUCUUGGCCACACGAUCGACGCCUGGUGCACCAUGCGAGCGGCCCGCCCGCUGAUAGGCCAGGUUGGCAUCAACCCGCAGGUGCCCCGGCCGAUUCAAGGCAUCCUAGCGGCCCGCGCAAUCAGCCGGAUACCACCGGACGGCCCUUUGGUGCAGGUCCCGGCAGACCCCAUCCUGACGCGGGCUUUGCAGGUCCUCCAGGCCCGACAUAUGGCGACAUGUUUCCGCCACCCGCCGGCAUGGACAGUUACCCUGAACGUCCGCCCCCAGGGUGGGGUCCCGAUCCACGUGGUCGUGCAGGGCGUGAUACUGAGCCUCCUUACCAUGGUGGAAGUGGAGGCGGUGCUUACCCCCAGGGCUCAGCCCAUCAGAGACAAGGCCCUGCGUCCCCAGCCCACAACUCCGGCGGCCUGCCCGGCCCACCUCCAGGCCCCGGCUACCCCCACCACCACGGUUCCCCGCAGCGACCGCCGCAGCCACAGCACGCCCUGCAUGGGCGCAUGGACGGUCAUUUACGCAUGGACGCUCACAUUCGUCCCGACCAGGGCUUGCCACCGCAAUCACAUCGAGGUCCGAUGCAUGACGCCCAGGACCCACGCCAAGCGCAUGGCCACUGGGAGCAGCAGCAGCAACAAGGGCGGCCGCAGCGCUCGCCGAUGCACCCAUACCAGCAUCCCCAUGACCAGCAUGGUGCCCCUCCAGUCUGGGAGCAGCAACACGGCCGCGGCCCGCCAGGGUCACGACAGCCCAGUCCUGUGCCGUCACAAGGCGAGCCACAACGGCCGCCUGCAGGGGCGCCAUCCGGUUUCCCGCCCGGUUCCUCUCAGCCGCAGGGUCCAGUGGGGCAGGGUCAGCCUGCUGGAGGCGGCGGCAGUACGGCAGCCAAUGCGCCGCUGGGCACGGGCACGACAACUACUGGCAAACCGCGACCGUCACGGUGGCGUGAUCCGCCCUCAAAGUCGGCUGCAACGACGGCGGCCGGCGACAACAAUACCAGCGUCAGCGCCGCUGCGGGUGGACAGGCGGGCAAUGGCGGCUUAGGCGGGGCCACGGCGGCGCCAGCAGCAGCACAGCAGCUACAGCAGCCCCAGUCGCAUG